CGAACUGAGAGAGCGUUGAAAGCGUUGAGCGAAUGAAUGCAUUGUUUUGUGCCAACAGUUGAUCCCAUCUUUGGUGCCCACAAGCCGUCUUCGUGUCCAUCCUAUUGCCGCAUAUUAUCCCACAUUUGGUGCGUCGAGUGACCGUCGAGGGCGAUGUCAGUGAUGUCGGACUCGAACGCAGACUUAGACCGCGAGGACUCUUCCCACGAGAACGGCGGCGACUCGAGUGCCGGCGCUCUCGCCGACGACGAGCACAACGACUCCGACAUCCAUUCGGACACUAAUGUUAACCACAGCGCCGACGCCUCCGAAGACCCCGAACUCGAGGCCAUCAAAGCGCGCGUCCGCGAGAUGGAGGAGGAGGCGGAACGGCUGAAGAUUAUGCAGGAAGUGAUGAACGAUGAGGACAAACACGACUCCGACAGUCCUAAUGCGAGCACUACUGGGAUGUCUAUCGAGGAGAAGAUGGAAGUGGACGCGCGCUCUGUAUAUGUGGGAAAUGUCGACUACUCGGCAACGGCUGAUGACUUGGAGCGACAUUUCCACGGCUGCGGAUCAGUUAAUAGAGUGACAAUUCUUUGUGAUAAAUAUACGGGACAUCCCAAAGGAUUCGCUUAUAUAGAGUUCGCGGACAAGGAUUCCGUGGAGACGGCGACAGCGCUCGACGAGUCGCUCUUCAAAGGCCGACAAAUUCGAGUGAAU